GUAUUAUUGUUAAGAGCACAAGCGGCUUCCUGUCGACUGGUAAGAAAGAACGAGAUGGAUUUUUGGAUCAACUGAAAAGUACACAGAUCUAACCAUGUCGUUUCGGACCCAAAACACGAUGCAUUUUACUCUGCUGAGUCAAAAUGUUCUGUCCCUGGAGGAAGAAGAGCUGUACGAAUUGGCAGACCUAGCGGGAGUUGUCAUAGAUCCAGCAGUUUUCAAAAUUGUCCUUGACCUCCUGAAGAUGAACGUGGCCCCAACAGCUGUGCUGCAGAUGCUGAAGUCCAUGUGUGGUCAACGACGCAAGAAAGGUCAAAAUGUAGGGAGUGACCAUUCUGCCCCAGAUCCACCCUCCCAUCACCCAGCCCGGUCUCGGGACGAAGGCAGGGCCAACCACUCCGCACAUCGUGUUCGUUCCGGGAGCCGUGGGCAAACAGUACCAUCAUCUUGGUCAGAUCCCAGGAAAUAAUGAACACAAUUUUCAAUUGUUUAUGAAUGACUUGUUGGUCUGCAUGGAUGAUGAGACGUUUUUAGAGAUAAUGUGAAACAAUGUUGUGAGGAGUGUUAUAAAUGACAUUUUUGUUUCAAACGCAAUCUUCACCAGAAAGUCUAAUGUGUGAUAACUGCUGACCAUUUUAAGAAAUUGAAUUUGUGGUGAAUCUCAGUUACUGAUGUGCAUUUAACUCAUUCACCCCUGGAAUUUCAUAAUGAACUAUUCCAACCUUAGUAAUGUAAGAGUUCAAAUGUGUCUUCAGGGGUGAGUGAUUUAAUCUUGACCAUGAUUCUGUAUGGAUGAAACUGAUAAGAGGAAGGAAAUGGUGUUGAGGACCCCUGCCCCACUGCACUGUGGCUUUUCCUAUAAAGAGUAACCUCCCCUUAACUUUCGUUUGGAUAUUGAACUGUAGCACAUUUGGACAUGGACACUUCUGUUGACUAGGAAGCUCAAUCAGUUAGAGUGUUGUUAUAACAAUAUGAAGCCUGGGAUUCGAAUCCUGGUCGAGACCCGUUGAUUUUUUUACACAUAGAUUACUUUUAUUGAUAAUUAUUGUUUAUUUAGUCUUUAUAAUUACAAUUUCUAAGAGAAAAAUCCCCGAAAUUGGUUUUCUUUUU